CCUUAUCAUGCUUAUGUUAUGUAAAAUUGUUAUUCUGAUGAUAUCCCGAUUAUCACACGCAUCGGUCAUUUAUACGAACCUUUGCAUCCAUUGGGAAAUUUCGAACCUGAUGUCGUCCUUCUGAUCCAUCUGUCUACCGCGAGUGCAGCGUUAAUUUGCCUAAAAGUGCAGUUUGCACGCUCGAUCAUGCACGAUGACGGCUAAUCCUUGACUCAGCCUAGCUGUUCUUCCCUUCGUGUACAACUCCUCUUCCACGAUGUUAUGCCGCGCCGUAUGCAUGCUGCAGGGUGCCGCUGUCCACCGUCUCUCUGUCCGCGUGGAGAUACCAUGCUCCCUAGCGCGCGCACCCUCGGUACGGCGGUCGGCGAUGUGGGCUGCAGCGAGGACGCCUGCGCGGGUCCCUGGGUUCCUCCGCGUUGUGCCCGCGCGCACUCGCGUCUCCCAGCCGCCCAAGAUCCCCGAGAAGGUGGAGGGCAAAGAUCAGCCCCUGAAGACGGAUAAUGCCGUGCCGUCGCUCCAACAAAUGAAGAAGGGAGAGGUGCGGAGAUUUUUCCGUCAGGCCUACACGGAACGCUGGCGACUGGCGGGUGCCGUGGGAUUGCUGUUGAUCUCCAGCAGCGUGACGAUGGCGGUGCCGUUCUCCGUGGGGAAAAUAAUCGAUCUCGUGGCCAACGCCGGCCCGAAUAUUAUGCAGACCCUGCAGAUGGUGGCCGGCGCGCUGGUGGUGAUAUUUAUUGUCGGCGCCGCGGCCAACGCCGGUCGGGUGUACCUCUUCCAGUCCACAUCGGCACGGCUUGGUGGAGAAAUCCGUAACCGUCUGUACAGUAGUCUGAUGUUAAAGGAUAUGACGUACUAUGACAACCAGAAAACGGGAGAAUUAGUCAAUCGUCUGUCUAACGACUGCUGGACGGUGGGGGAAGCGCUCACUCAGAAUAUUUCCGACGGAUUACGCUCACUUCUCGGCAGUAUUACCGGCGUCGCCAUGAUGUUUUACAUUUCGACCAAAUUGGCCAUUGUCGGGCUGUUAACCGUUCCACCGAUCGCGGUUCUCGGUGUAAUAUACGGGCGAUUUCUCAAGACCAUAACGGAGAAGAUACUGGACGCCUGGGCGGAAUCGACGCAGGUGGCAUCCGAGCGGUUAGGCAACAUGCGGACGGUGCACGUGUUUAACCAGAUUCCCAAGGAGCGCAAACUGUAUGAUGCCAGUGUGGUCAACAUCCUGAAUAUGCAGUACAAGGAGGCCAUGGCCAAGGCGGGAUUCUACGGGAUGGCGGGAUUAUCGGGGAAUUUGGUGGUGUUGAGCGUGCUGUAUUAUGGCGGGAUCCUGUUGACGCGAGGCGAGAUUACCGUGGGGGAUCUGUCGGCAUUUGCCAUGUAUGCCGGCUAUGUUGGUGUUUCCAUUGCUGGUUUGUCGUCGUUUUAUUCGGAGAUGAUGCGGGGCAUCGGGGCCAGUGCGAAAGUGUGGGAGAUCAUGGAUCGACCGGCACGCAUAUCCGUUGAUGACGGUAGUGUUCCGACCGCCCCCUUACGGCCCCGCUUCCGGCUGGAUGACGUCCACUUCAAUUACGGCAGCCGGCAAGAGGUGCCGGUAUUGCGCGGCUUCUCCCUGGACAUUCCCGAAGGAUCCCACACGGCUUUCGUAGGGGCCAGUGGUUCGGGAAAAUCGACCAUCUUAUCCCUAUUGCUGCGGCUGUAUGAUCCCAACCACGGGAAGAUCUACCUGGACGACACGGAUAUUCGGACAAUGAGUCCGACGUGGCUGCGCUCCAAUUUCGGAUUGGUGCCGCAGGAUAUCUAUUUAUUUUCCGGAUCGGUGUUUGAGAAUGUGGCGUAUGGCGGCGAUGCCUCCACCACGAUGGAGGAGGUGGUGGCGGCCUGUAAGAAAGCCAACGCCUACGAUUUUAUCCAGCGGCUGCCGGAAAAAUUCGACACGGUCGUCGGUGAACGUGGCAUGCUCUUGUCCGGUGGACAGCGGCAGCGCCUCUCCAUCGCACGGGCUCUGGUCAAGAAUCCGAAGAUCCUGCUGCUGGAUGAAGCCACCAGCUCGCUGGAUUCGGAGAGCGAGAGCCAGGUACAGUCCGCCCUGCGGGAGUUGAUGAAGGGGCGCACGGUGAUCACCGUGGCCCAUCGCCUGUCCACCAUCCGCGACGCCGACCAGAUCUGCGUGCUGGACCGCGGCCGGAUCAUCGAGAAGGGCCGGUACGCCGAGUUGCUGGCCAAUCCCGACGGGGCCUUCAGGAAGCUCAUCCAGCGCCAGAUGUUGACUGCCACGUGAGGCCGGUCGCAGCGGCGAGAAUUUUUUGUGCGAUUUUGCGUGUUUGUCCUAUUUCCGGUCUUUCGCCAUUCGUGCGGAUCAAGUGCAAGGCUUCCAAAUGAACGGUGACGAUUUCUUGGUAAAAUUGACGGAUUUAAGUGUUAAGAUUUUGAGGUCUUUUUGUAUAUUGUGAUUUUUUCGUCCGAUUUUUUGGGCUGGUGUGCUUUAAUAAAAGCGAGAAAAACGUUAACAAAAAAUAAACCCGGAAAGUGAACUAGAGGCCAAGUUCCUUAUUUGUCGGAUUAUUUAACGUAAAAUUUUUUGGUUUUCUUGUAUUUUCGAUUUCUUUCGUCCGACUAAUUUGGGCUGAUGUGUUAAAGUUAAAG